AUGUCUUCCAGAUUAUUGACAUCUCCCAUGGAUCUUAGGAGGUCAAAAAGCCACCGCACCUCUCCCUCCCACUCUCACUCCGCCAGCUAUUCCCAUCCUCCCCAACACCGCACCUCAACUUCCGCACUACCAGAAGAAGAAAAACCUCUUCCCGCCCCGCCAAAACCAUCCACUUCUACUUCUACUUCUACUGGGGUACUGCAUCGACUGAUUCCGCGCAGGAGAGAUUCAAUCGCGCUUCCGAGAGUGGUGGAGGGAUUGAAUCGGGGAGUGGAGAGGGUGAGGAGAUGUAGUUUGAGAGCGGGUGUAGGAUUAGGACUCACAAGUCCCACGGCAUCGAAAAUAAUCAACACAGAGACUACACGCACAUCCACACCCAGAUCAACAUCAACAUCCAAAUCUAAAUCCAAAUCCAAACCCACCAGCAAAUCCACCACUUCCCCCCUCCUCCCCAACCCCGAAACCGAAACCAAAACCAAAACCAAAACAAAUCCUAUCCAGAACGCCAAGGCAGAUAUCGACUUCCCCAGUGAUGAAGAAGCAGAAGCAGAAGAAGCAGAACUAGGUAUCGCGGUCGAAAUGAGUAUCAGGUGUGUUCGUGCACGGCUUGUGUAUAUUGGUUGUAGGGGGUUGGAGUCUUGA